GUUUUUCUUUGAUUUUCAGACAUGUCUUUAACAGUGAUAUCUUCUGUUUAUUCCAUCUGCAGUGAUGCAGCUGGGGUUGCAGGAAACAUCUUUGCUUUUGUGCUGUUCUUGUCACCUAUACCAACAUUUAGGAGAAUUAUCAGAAAUGGUUCAACAGAACAAUUCUCAGGGAUGCCAUAUAUAUAUGCUCUCCUCAACUGCUUGAUUUGUCUCUGGUAUGGUAUUCCCAUUGUUUCCCCAGGUAUCAUCCUGGUGGCAACUGUCAAUUCCAUUGGGGCAGCUUUCCAAAUGGUGUACAUCGCCAUCUUCAUUGCAUACGCCGAAAAUCCGAUGAAGUUAAAGAUGCUCGGGUUCCUGGUAUCGGUUUUCGCCUUCUUCGCUUCGAUCGUCUUCGUCAGCCUCGAGUUCUUCGACUCCCCGACACGGCAGUUGUUCGUCGGAUACUUGAGCGUCGCGUCCCUAAUCUCCAUGUUCGCCUCCCCUCUACUCAUCAUUAACCUGGUGAUCAAAAUGAGAAGCGUCGAGUACAUGCCGUUGUCGCUCUCCUUGGCGACAUUCUUGAUGAGUCUAGCUUUCUCUCUCUAUGGAAUGCUCAAGCGUGACGCUUUCAUCUACGUUCCUAAUGGAAUUGGAACAGUGCUGGGGACUGCACAAUUGGCCUUGUAUGCCUAUUUCAAGAGAGCAUCCCAAGAGGAACUAAGGCAUCCUCUGAUUGUUCCUUGAUAUAAUAUUUGUUGUCGAUAUACAGCUUCUGUUUUCCAGUUUUGAUUGGCUUAGAAAUUUGCUUUUCUUUUUUCCUCUGUUUAUUCCAGUUUGAAGAUCCUGGAAAUUCGCAUAUAUAUAUUCAUGAUUUAGAAGGAGAUCUUGUUGUAAUUUGAAUAUACAUAAUAUAAUUUAGAUAUGUAAUUAGGGA